AUGGCCAUGCACAGAGCGAGCAGCCGCAUGGGAGGGAGGACGAGGGAGGACUUUCCGCUCUUAUCCCGUCUCCUACCGGGGCUGCCACCUCCUGUACGGUGCCUCAGACCCCGGCCGCUUAUGGAGCCUUUCAUUUUACAGUGCGUUCCACAGAUCCGCUGCGGCAGUGCAUGUGCGCGCCAGCCAAGUGAACCAAAACCGCCUCGUCGCAUUUCUGUCCAGCCGCGAUGUGCGCUGUCUGCCGGUUUGGCACGGAUAAAAGAGCUCUUAUGUUGCCGUAUCGAUGGUUUAAGCCUGGAUAAGCACAAGGUUGGACCCUGGCUUUAUGUAACGGAGUGGGGGGGAUGGCGGACGCACAACCCCCUGGAGAUGCACACGCUCAAAACACUCCAAUUUAACCGUUCUUUAUGA